AGUCAACUAAGAAUGUUUAUUAUUUUAUGAUGAUGAAAAUUCCACCAGAGUCCAAUGUGAACAAAUCAGGUCUCAGAGUAAAACAGGGAAAUAUAUUGAUUCUUGAUCACCUCUUGAGCUUAUUUUUAUCAAGAAUUUGCUAGAUUUGUAUUUUUCAGUCACCUUACUAACAUUUCAAGAUGGCUGAAGCCAUUGUCUCGGUUGUCCUGGAAACCCUUCGGAAUUUGUUGGUGGAAGAAGCAACUUUUCUGUACAAAGUGUCUGGUCAAGUUGAAGAAGUGCGGAAAGAGCUAAAGCGGAUGCUGUGCUUUCUCAAAGAUGCAGAGUCCAAGAGCUGUAAGGAUGAAAUCGUUCGGAACUGGUUAAGGGAAAUCAGGAGUCUCGCUUAUCGGAUUGAAGAUCUUGUGGAGACAUAUGCAGUCCAAGUUGCAGCUAAGAAAUCACCAGGAAGAAGAGGUUUCAGGAAAUUUCUCAAGAGGUCUGCUGGUAUUUUCGGCGAACUUAGGUCUCUUCAUAAAAUUGGAAAUGAGAUUGAAAAUGUCAAAGAUGAGAUUAGCAGCAUCACAGCAAGUUUUCAAAGGUAUGAUAUCAAGGCCAUUGGUGGAGAUGGAGAGAGCUCUUCAAGUCAGAAUGAGCAAUACCAACAAUGGGUUCGACAAACUUAUGCCCAUGAAGUUGAGGAUCACUUUGUUGGAAUGGAGAAUGAUAUCGCGAAAUUAGUGUCGGUUGUCACUGAUGAUCACAAGAACCACCGGAUCAUUUCCAUAUGGGGAAUGGGUGGUCUUGGGAAGACAACUCUUGCAAGAAAAGUGUAUAAACAUAAAGAUGUUCAACGCUACUUUGAGCGCUUUGCUUGGGUCUGUGUAACUCAACAAGCUCAAAUUAAGGCGAUUCUGCAAGAUCUAUUGAUGCAGCUUCUUCCUGAGAAGAAGGAUGAUGUAAGAUUCAUGGAAGGUAGAGAGUUAGUCCAACAGCUUUACCAAGUGCAGAUGGAGAGUAAAUGUUUGAUCGUUUUAGAUGAUAUCUGGAAAGUUGAUGACUGGAAGAGCAUUCUUGCUGCAUUUCCUGUUGCCACAGGAGAUAUCAAAGUGUUGUUCACGACUCGUAAUAGAAAAGUUGCAGAGAUUGGAUUUCUUUAUGAGCUUAAAUGCUUGAGCGAAACAGAAGGUUGGGAGUUGCUUCAGAAAAUAGCAUUCUCAAGUGGAACAACAGAUUUUGAGACAGUUCCAAGUUUUAAGGAUAUUGGAAGGGAAUUGGUAUCCAAGUGUGGAGGUCUACCACUUGCAAUUUCUGUGCUAGGAGGAAUCCUGAAACAUAAGGACUCUUUAGCAGAUUGGGAAAUAGUGAACAGGCAUAUUGGUUUAUACCUUCACAACAUGGAAGACAAUGGGGAGACAGAUGGAGGAUCAGUGGGCCGAGUUUUGUCAUUGAGUUAUGAUGAACUGCCAUAUCAUUUAAAACUCUGCUUUCUUUACUUGGGUUGUUUUAAAGAGGAUGAAGAGAUAAGAGCAGAUCAUCUAUAUUUACUGUGGAUGGCGGAGGGCUUCGUUUUGUCAAAACAUCGCACAAAUGGAGAAACUUUAUUGGAUGUUGCUAAAAGAUAUUUGAACGAAUUAGGCCAAAGGUCUAUGGUGCAGCUGAAAGUGGAUGAGUUCUCUCUAAAUAAAAGGUUUCAUUCGUGUCGCCUUCAUGAUAUAAUGAGAGACUUAUGUUUGGAAAAAGGUAGAGAAGAAGAAUUUGUCAAGAUUAUCAAUCCUAAAGAAGUAAACCAGUCCAUGGUGAACACUGAUGAUGUUGCUCAUAGAUUAGUCAUUCACAUUGAUUUGGAGGAAAAUUCCAUUUCCAGUAUUGCUCUGGAGAAUUGGCAGCAAACUCGAUCACUUCUUUGCCUAAGUACAGUUAGUGGAUAUUCAGAAAAUGAAAUGAUUUGGCCGCGACAUGUUGCUAUGCAGAAGUUGAAGUUGCUGAGAGUCCUUAAAUUCGAAGGUUUCAACUUUCAAGGCCAAACAUUUCCCGUGGAGUUUCAAGACUUGAUCCAUCUCAGGAUCUUAAGUUUUAAGUAUUGUAAAUUGCAUGAAUUGCCAUCAUCUGUGGCUGAGUUGCCACUGUUGCACACCCUUAAUUUAGAGGUUAAGUAUGAAAUAAAAAUUCCAGAUGUUCUUUGGAGAAUGAAGCGACUGAGGCACUUAUAUUUCAGUUUCAAACACUGUACAGAUGUUGGAAAACUUCGAUUACAUGGUCUGAGAGAGCUGGAGACACUUUGGGCACUUCAAGGUGAGGUGGAUGAAAUUGCAGACCUUUCCGAAUUGAUCAAUCUCCGGGCCCUUUAUGCCAUUGUGAAAGAUGAUUACAAUCUUUAUGCUUUGUUGUAUUCCAUCAACAUGAACGGUCAAAAUCUGCAUGAGAUAAACCUUUCCAUUGAUCAUUGUGAUUUCAUUAGUACAGAAGAAGGAUAUGACCUUUUGCUGAAGGUUCUAACGUGUAAAAAUCUUCAUCGGCUGUACUUUGAUGCAAAGUUGGUUGAAUUUCCAAAUUAUGAAAAUGGCUUUCUACAAGGUCUGGCUAUGUUAAGGUUAUCAGGAAAUAACAUGGAGGAAGACCCAAUGGAAGCAUUGGGGCAGCUUCCUCAGCUGCGAUCCCUAGUGUUAGGACGUGAUGCUUAUAUGGGGGAAUGCAUGAUUUGCCAUGAACGAGGUUUCCCUCAACUCAGGUCUUUGAUUUUUAACAGACAACCCAACCUAGAAUAUUGGAGGGUGGACGAAGGAUCCAUGCCUAAACUGUCUCAUUUGGAAAUUUGGGAUUGUGAUUCACUGUUCAUGGUUCCCCAUGGGUUGAUAUUUGUCAAAGGCCUCAAGGAAAUAAAGUUUGGUGGCAUGCCUUAUGAAUUUUGUGACAGGGUGACAAUGGAAGAUGGCCAAGAAGGAGACGAUUAUUACAAAAUUAAACACGUUCCUUCAAUUUCUGUGCUCUAUCCUCGUUAAAAUCCCGGCAAGUUCCUCUUUCACUGAUUUUAAGUUAUUGUACAUUGUACUUCUUCUCUUAAAAGCUCAGCCUCUUUAGUUUCCUAUGUUAUUAUAGAAAAUUCAGUGGAAUUACGUUUUCACAUCAUUUACCAUCUUUUUUCAGAUUAUCAUCCUCCAUCAGCUUUGACAGAUUCCUAUCGCGGCUUAAUGCUCAUUAUGUCUCUUGCUCAAGAGCAGUUACUGCAAUUUCUAUUAUUGAAUGUUUGAUGGUUUUAAAAUUGUUCAAUAAGGUUGUUUCCUUUGGACAACCCACUGGAGCAAGUUCCAUGUUUUCUCUAGGAUAUGUAAAUCAUGUCAGUAUAUACUCUGAUGUACAUUAGUUAACAGGAAAUUUGAAGUCACUGAAGUUUCUUUUUCUCAACAUUGUGAUGCUUUUCAGCAAGAACAUUGUCCUCUUUUCCUGUUGAGGACUCUUGAGAAUUGAAUACUUUGCGUACAACAAGCCUUCCGUUGUUGUUUUCCGG